GGCGCCCAGCCCGCCGGCCGCGCCGCCGCCCGGCAGGGGGAGCAUGAUGUCGUUCUCCCAGAGCGAGUGGCUCAACAUGCAGGAGCUGCACUUUGGGGAGCCGCUGGGCUCUGGCGGCUUCGGCACGGUGUACCGGGGCACGCUGCGCGGGGAGGAGGUGGCCAUCAAGCGCCUGCACCCCACGCAGGGCGGUGGCGUCACCGCGGGGCAGCUGGCCGAGUUCCAGAAGGAGGUGGGGCACCUGCGGGCCCUGCGGCACCCGCGCCUGGUGCGGUUCAUCGGCGUGGCGCUGGAGCUGCCCAUGGUCUGCAUCGUCACGGAGCUCGCGGUGGGGGGCUCGCUGCACGCCCUGCUGCACGUGCGGCGGGCGGCGCUGCCAGAGGCGCACAGGUGGUCCAUCGUGCUCGAGGUCGUGGAGGGCGUGGCCUUCCUGCACAGCCUCAGGCCGCCGUGCGUGCAUAGGGACCUCAAGAGCGCCAACGUGAUCCUCGACGCAGAGCUGAGGGCCAAGCUGUGCGACUUCGGGCUGGCGGAGCCCAUGGACAAGACGCACAUCAGCAGGCGGGACACGGAGGGCGGCUCGCCGCGGUACAUGGCGCCAGAGGCCUUCGACUCGCGCUGCCGGAUCACGGAGAAGGUCGACAUAUGGGCGUUGGGCUGCGUGGCCGUCGAGACCGUCCUGAGCCGCCAGCCGCACGAAGACUGCUCCAGCCUCCAGCAGGUGGCGGCGAAGCUUCUGGUCCGGCAGGAGGGCCCCUUCGCCACCGGCUGGACCCGCGAGUUGCACCCCGGCGCAGGGCCUCUGCUGGAGCCCUGCCUCGCGCACAGCGAGGCCGGCCGGCCCACGGCGGCCGCUCUGCUCGAAGACCUCCGCCGCCUGGAGCUGCAGGCGGCGCUCUGACGCGGCCCCCCGCAGGCCUCCCUCUCCUCCUCCUUUUCCUCCUCCUCCUCCUCCUCCUCCUCCUCCUCCUCCUCCUGCUCCUCCUGCUCCUCCUCCU